AUGCACUGCAGUGUGUGAGUGGGUGGAUGUGGGUGAUUGUUUCGUGCCCUUCUCGCAGCUGGUUUCUGUAGGCCAGCAGCGGUUAGCCCUCGGGUGGAUGUGUUUCACCUGAUGUUUUGGGUAUGUUAUGACUACAUUCAUUGAGUUUCUGCCUCUUUUUGUGUCUCUUUCUUUCCAGCCUGAGAGUGCCUCGUGCUGAGCAGGGGACUGCAGCAACAGGACGGAGGACACAGGAGGACGAAGAGAGGAAGUUAAAAGAGUACGGAACAAGCCAGUGAGAGAACACUGAGAUCUGGAGGAGACAGCAUGUUGAUCAGAGCCGAGUUAAAGAGACAAACCUGACUGGAGGAGGCAGAGGCAGACAGACUAAGUGAGAUAAAGAUUCUUAGCUCAGAGGCAGAAAAGAGGCUGAGACAGUCAAAAGUUCAGGGUGUUGGCCAUGGCUGUGGGCCUGCUGCUAGGAGGGUAGAGUUCAAAUCAAACACUCCAACACUGAAACUUCCUAAAACUUGCAUCUGUUCUUCACUCAAAAGUCAGUGUCUCAAGCCCAAUCCUCUCUUUUUCUGCUCCUGGCCAUCUCUGUUUUCCCAGUGUGCUCUGUUGUAGCCAUACUCUCAGCUUAACAGUGACUGCCCCACAGUCGCCUGCUCUCGAGUUGUACAGACAGCUGCCUUUUAUUCCCCCACAUGGACAUUUGAUGAAGAAUGAUGGCAGUGAGACUGGCAGGCGCCACCCCUUCCUCUCGGCCACCCUCCCUCCCCCCUGUGGCUGCGGCUCGGACUGGUUAAGGUUGGUCUAUUGGCAUCCAUCGCAGCAUCAGCAGCAGCUGGCAGAGCGCGGGAAGGAGCAGUAUGCAGGAAACUGACUUACCGGCUACAAAUGCCUUCAAAGGUAAACACUGAUGAAUGCACAGCUGUGUUUGUGUGUAUGUCAGGGGGCAUAUGUCAAAGAAUGUACAGUCAGUCUCUUAAGAAUGAAGUUUACAGCUGAGCUUCUGGAUUUCUAACAACAACAACAACAACAACAACAGACCAUUAGUGAACAAAUUGAUUUUGACCUUUAAUCAUCCAAAAUCAGUCUUCAAAUUCAAUAAAGCAAUUUUAACAAGGUGAUAGUGAGCUAUAAAAAAAGGUGUAUGUAAUUAUGUCGACACAUUCUUUACUUAUGUCAGUAUGAAAGCUGGCUUAUAGUGUCAUAUAGAUGUUUAAGGGCUUGUUCACCCAUUACUAGAGUUUACAAUUGCUUGGAUGAAAAAGUACUCCUACAACACUUGUCUUCCGUUGUCGUAACCGUGUGGUUUAGAGAUGUAAAAGCAUUUGAUAGAAAACAUAUUAUUGCACUGGCAGCAAGUCUUGGGUGUGUUUGCACUAGGUAUGUUUAGCAUUGACAAUAUCAAUCAGUCUUGUCUUGAAAAUAGCACCAAAACCACUGUUGAUGGGCAUAGGCCCUAAAUCUCUGUUUUAGGUGUCCCUUCACAUCCCAAACAGGUGAUUCCAUUUACAGAUGCUGAUCCACGCAGUGCUCAGGUUUAAGUUGAGUGAGGCCACGCUGGAAUAACACAAGAUCACCUCAGGAGCCACUAACAGUGAUAAAAGUUUUUUUAUAAAAAUACUGACAUUGCAUGUACAAUUAAUAUCUUUCACGGUAUGUUGUCAAACAUGUUUUAAACGUCCCGCAACAAUGAGACAACCUUUUAUAACUUGCAUGUUCAUAUAUUUAUGACUUUGAAUUCAAUGUCUGUAUGAGCAUCUCUCUGUAAAUGUAGUCAUCACAGAGGUGAAAAGUUCACAGCAUCACAGAGAUGGAUGGAAGGAAUAAGCACUCUUCUGUCCACAGUAUUGUCAUCGUAAAUAAGAGUUUAACAAAAAGAUGACUUACUUUGAUUGUGAAUGUUGUGAUUGUAAUUUUUCAGAGGAGGUCCAGCUCUUCCUCUGAAGAGUUACCCUGAGCGACUCUGUUUAAUGAACUCUUUAAGACUUUAGUCUUAAGACAAGACUUAAGUUUGCAGAAAACCCUUAAUAUUAAGAGAAAAUUACUUUAAAUUUUUGGUUUUGCAGGCAGUGGAGUGUAGUUUCAAGAAUGAUAUCCAUUUUCAUUUAAUUAAAGCAGUGAAUAGGCAGAGUUAUGGCUGAUAAUGAAUAAUUACAGAAACAUAAAGAGAGAACUGGAGUUUCUGUCUUUUUGUGAUCCACAUUUCUCAUCAGCAGAAACUUAAACUUUAACUCAUUUUCCAAGGACAUCUUGACAUGUCACUCUGGAUGCAGCAGGUGAGAAGAGAGGCAUCAUGUGUGUUAUUUGUAGCUUCUCCUGUUACAUUGAGUGAAAAUGCCCACCAUGAAAACGCCCAAACUCAGUUUGAAGGUUCAUGUCAUCUGAUCACAUGGAAGAACAAAGAUCACUGUUUGCUCUGCGUGUGUCAGUUUCCAGUUUUCUUCAGUCUCCACAGCCUCAGCUGCAUAUGAAAAGUAUGUUCUGUGAAUGGAGUAUGACAUACAAAUACAUCAUUACCAUUGCACCGUGAACUUUGACCUUAAUGGUGUCUGUGUCAGAUUUGGUCCACGCAUCAAGUCUUCCUCUGCACAGGAGCCCAAAAAAACAUGCUGGCCUCGUGAUGUGAAAUGGCAGUAAAACACUGUUGGUGUUUUUCUCUUACUGCAUUUGGAAGAAUGAAGUAAACUGGAAACCAUUUCUGAGUCAAAUGACUUAUUUUAUACCAGAAAAGGAGUAUCUGAUAUGUACUGAUCUAAAAGCCCCUGUGAGGAUUUUUUGGCUGGUUAAACCAAGACCUAAAAAUAAAUGAUAUGUUGCUUCGUGUCUUACAGAUAGUGUUGAAUUAUUAUGCAUUAACCCAAGUAAAUAUUUCUCAUUGUUUGUUCUGCAGAAAAGGGUUUUAUGCACUAAAGAAACACAACAAACAAAGAACGCCCGUGCUGAUACUGAAAUAUCUAUGAAAGGGCAGUAUUGCAUUGUUAAUAUUGACUGAUAGGUGAAUCCAAAUAGCUUGAGGUUUUUGCCAUGUAGCUAACAUUUCAAUUACUGAUAUUAUAUCUUUAUUCUCACUGCAGGCUCUCUGUGUAUCUGUGUGCACCCUGCAGUUUCUACUAGUCUGGUCAACUGCUGUAGAUUCAGAGAAAUUUCUCCAGAGCAGAGCCUUCUCUCUUCUCUCAAAGCUUGUAUAUUACAUAAUUCAUCAGAUCUGUGUGUGUGUCUCUGUGUGUGUCUCUGUGUGUGUGUGGGAGGGUUAGUUCUGGUCAGUCUCCGCUCGGGCCCUGCGGGGGCUGAGGAGGGGAAUGAAGUCAUCGAAGAGUAGUAAACAAGCGUGCCUGCAAUCAGAUGGAGGCAGACACCUGUGGUCGAUAGCUGCAAGGUGAACGUAAGGUUUUGUUUACCGUGUGGAGUUUAUGUCAGGUUAACACAAACACACACACAAACGGGCAUUUGGCCCUCCACUAGUUGGAGCUGGGUCGGUCUGUCUGUCUGUUUUGUGUGUGUGUCUGAAUCAGUGCAUUUGUUUCCACAGAGAUGUGAGUGAGCUUGUUGCUGUUUGUGUGUUCUCAGGUGAAAUGUGGACAGUGUUAAGCUGCUGGGGCACACACACACACACACACACACACACACACACACACACACACACACACACACACACACACACACACACACACACACCAAGGCCACACUACCAACAUUGAGAAUAAUUUGUAGUUCCUGUCACUCUCAUUCAACCUCAUAGCUGCUCUCCUCCUCCUCUGUCUCUUUUUUUUCCACCUCUCCUGAAUCACUCAGACUGUCAAGCAUCCUCUCUUGAAUCUUUAGGGUGUCUUUGAGUCUCUGCCUCUCUUUAUUCCACAGCCUUGUAUUCACUCUUAUGUGCUGGCUCUUGCCUCUGUAUGUGAUAUGAUUUCAUUCUCUUUUUCUCCUUUUCUUGUUUUAUCCUCCAUCUUCUUCCCUUUUUUAGACAAUUUAGUUCAUUUUCUUCUACAUUUCCCAACCUGUUGAUCCUUCAGUUAUUGAUUUUCUUUUCCACUCAAUUUCUUUGUGAUUAUUUAAAGCAGUAUCUUUUAAGAAAAUAUUUUUACCUUGACCUGCCUUCUAUCUUAUUGUCCACUCCUCAUACCUUUCAUAACCUGCACGUCUCUUUCCUACAGUGGCCCUGAUGGUCAACGGCUUUCAGAAAGUCAUCAAAGUCAAAAUUCAUAAAGCACAAAAAAAUGUAAAAAGAAAAAUAAAAAUAUUUCACAUGACCUCAAAAAGCUCAGAAAGCACAAAGAAAUGAGAUAGACAUGAACAUGAACAAAGUUAAUCUUAUUUUGGAAUCAUAAAUAAAUCUGAAAAAAUAAGGAAAAUAAAAAGAAAUUAUUAAUUAAUUAUUAAUUUAAAAAUUAUUUUUUUUGCUGCAAUGUCUUUGGAAGCAGCUUGAUUGUGAUUGGACAAAACUCAGGUGCUUAAAGUAUAUCUAAGCAAAAUAAUAUUUUUCAGAGAGCAAAACAUCUUUUUGUUUUUCAAAAAUGUGUUCAUGCUUUGAAGCUUCCUAUCUUUCCUGUGUAUUUUUAAUAGAAUUCAUAUUUUAGUUUAUAUUUUGUGUGUGUGGUUUGUAAAUUGUUUCUGUGUUCUAUGAAUGUUUUUUGUUCCUGUUCCUGAAAUAGCUGUGCCAUUGACCUUCAGGGCCACCACACUUUCCCAAUCCACCAACGCGGUUCCUGGUAGACUUUCCUGUGCUUUUAAUAAUGCAACUCUUUUGAUGCAACCACCUUUUUUUAUGGAGGGAAACACAUGCAGGUCCUGUAGCAAUUAUAUACAGCCAAUCAAGUGAGAUCUUCUUACAGUGGUGGUGUCUGCUCUUAGCUGGAUCUUGUGGAAAUGUGCUGGGUCUUCAUGUGUCACAGGGCAAAGAAAAGGUGGAACGUCAUUGUACUGGAAUUUAAAAAAAAAACUGUGCAGCUGUUCACUUUUGUCAGGACCAACAAGGGCUCUGUGCACAGAUUUUUUCAAAGUGAGGAAGGUCAGUGUCUCUUUAAAUCAAAGCAGGGAUAUCUUUAAUUCACCUUGGUUUCCUAACACUCCCCCUGAGGCGGUCCAUAUACUCAGAGACAAUACUGCAGAGUCACUCUCAAUUCCUGCCUCCCUUUCUGUCUUUGACACAUUUUCUCACUCUGCCUCUCCUCCAGUGGUCACCUUUUUCUGUCCAUCUUCAUUUAUCUCACUCUGUCCGUCAUCCCCUCCUCCUCCUCCUCCCCACUCUGCUCUGUCUCACACAGUGUGGUCUCUCACCACGGUCAAUCCAUAUUGAGCUGUACUAAUGUGGAGCCCUCGCCCAUCCAUAAAGAGACUGACAGCUCAGGGUUGUUAGAUGUGGUCCUCCUGCCCCUCAGCCUGCCCACUGCUCAGACUGGCUUAAAGUCUGUCUCUCUGUCUCUUUUUGCUUGUCAAUGUGAGGAUGAAUUUUGACAUCUUUUCAUGCAGGCCUGUGAUGUUGGACUUAGCAGAUGUGGCUUGAAGGUCUUGUUGACUUGUAUUUUGGUUGUUUGUAUGUCCUAGAUGUCUCUUAAGCAGAUACAGCCUCUGUUGCUGAUCUGCAGUCUUUCUAACUUCACCAUCCAUGCAAUGAUCAGAGUGGGCGGGGCCAUGAAAAAUGAAGUGAUUUGCUGAUUGGCUGCCUGUAUGUUAUCUGUUGGUGGGAUGCGGGCCAAUUCAGUGGCUGAAAAACACCAAAACACAUACAGUCAACACUCCAGGAGAACCCGAGCCAGUUCCUGUAUGAUUCUGAAUCUGACCCCACACAGAAGGAGGCAAGUGUUUUAGUGUUGCUACACAGCAUGUCUUUAAGUGAUGCUAGUGCUGCUUUCUUACCUUUUGUGUGUAACCAUAUGUGGUUUGCCCUUGUUCGCACAAACAAUUCAGCACCAACUUGAGCCUCUACAAAUAAAAAUGGACAUCAUUUUUGUUCUUCUGUUCUGGUUCUAGGACAGAAUACAGACAUCUUGACUUUGCUAACAGGGACAGAAUCAGCACACUGAUAAAUGACACAGGGAGUAGAGUGACUGGAAUUGCUUUAAAGCUAUGGUCUACGAUCUGAAAACCAGUUUGGCUGUUGAGACAGAUUUGAAAAACGUGACCUGCCCCCCCCCACUCACCCCUCCCCUCCGUGUUCCAAGAUCCCGCCCCCACCAGCUCAUGUCACCACCUAACAACACGCCCCUCCGAUAGAGCAAGAAGCCGGCCGGCAGAAAAUCAGCAGGGGUACACAAUGGCAGCCAUUUCAAUUGGACCGGAGCCUUGAAAACCAUAUAUUAGCGGGGCAAAGCGGGUCUGGCGUCACCACUGCUAGCCGGUCAGAGCAGAGCUGAUUGUGGGCGAGGCUUUACAUUUCUAGGCGUGUCUUCACCAGCUCAGUUUACAAUGCUAAAGAUGCGUGGCUUACUUAUGCUAAAAUCUUUUUACAGAGCCUACCUGUUCCGAUCAACAACGUUCAGUCAUUAGCCAGUAUAGGCACGGACUAACCAGAGUCAUUCUGCAGACAUCUCCCACUGUAGUAAACAAAAAAAUUGCCUGUUCAACUGAAAUUCGUCUGUCUCAGAGUCAGUUUUCAGUCCCAAAUCCUUCUGCAGCUUUUUCCACCGGUCGUACAUUUCUCCAAUGUAGACCCUCCGUUGGCACCUGUAUCGCUCAUAUUUCUUCCUUACUUCAGCCUUUUCCUUGAAACUUUUACUUUUCCUUCCCUUCGAUGUGGAGGGUGACAGAAGCGGCCUCCUGAUUUCGGUGUUAGUCUUCUCCAGCUCCAUUACGCUUCAGCAGCUGUGCAGCUCGCUAAUUACAUGUACGUGAGGGGGGUAGUGAGGAGGAGGCGGGACCAUGGGCGGGAUGGUGCGGAGCAGGGGAGACAGGGGAUUGAAUAGACUUACGAACCAUGUGUGACCAAAUUUUUUUUUUUCCGUUCUUUCUGAUCUUAAUAUUGCGUAGAUCAGACCACAGGACCAUAACGGCCUAAUAAGUACCAAGCUUCCAAAUGGUAGACCAUAGCUUUAAAGCUUCUCACCAGAGUUUGAUAACUGUGUGGAUAUUUUAAAGUUACUCUGAAAAAUGAUGCCUGUUGAAAGUCUGUAUAAAAAUACAGCUUUCCAGGGUCCAAAUUUAUCUGGUUAAUGUCUAUUACAAGUAUCAUUAUUUCAUUAUAGUUAAACAUCUUAUUUCCAAGCACAAGAGAAGAAAUGUUUUUUCUUACAAUUGUAUGUUUUUGUUUUUUUGUUUUUGGUACAGCAAACAACAGUGUGUAGACAGGAAAUACUCAACACAGUCACUGAGAACACAGGUUUAAAAAGAGUUGUUGUUGUUGUUGUGGGAUGAAGAUUCGAGGCUUUUCUUUUUCUAAACUUCUGUGUGUAUAAAAGUACAGGUUAUCUGCAGACUCAUGGUCAGAGGGCUGAUUUUUGUUGAUACAAUAGUGAAAAAGUAUUAGAGAUACCUUGAAGGUAUGCUGUGUGAAAACAUCUAUUGAACAAGUAGAGCACCUCAUAUGGGACACAGCUCACUGAACAACUACAGGGGGGGAGAGUUCAGAGUAGCAAAGCAAAGUUUUUGUACUCCACAGAUAAGUUCUAGUUUAGAGAAAAGUCUAGAGGAGAAACUCUCUCUUUGUGGACUCUGCUGGGUUUUAGUCCACAUUCAGGUAGGACUGAAUGAUUUUGGCCAGAAAUACCCCCCCCCCCUUUUUUUUUUUUUUCUCUGAAAACUUGAUUUUCAAUUUCAAUUUUUUAUUCACUGACAACUUUACCAAACUUCACUUUAAAAAUAAUACGUUUUUCUAUCAUCUCUCAAAACGAAAUCACUGAAAAUGAUGUAGUGCACAUGCCAAGCUAUACUCCAUGCCAAGAUGUUUUUAAUUUUUCAACAUCGUCAUAAUCAAAUAAUCCGAUUACAAUUUAAAAUCAAUUAAUUGUGCAGCCCUACAUUCGAGUAAUGUGAGAGUGCUUUUUCGGCUGAAACAGAGUUUUAACUCACAUAAGUAAGCAUCACUUUAAGGGUCACUGAUUAAAAAAAUUAGCCGAUGAGCUGAUGCUCUUUAUUUAGUAGCGCUUGGUGUUGAUUUCUUUUUAUUGUUUACAGAAGCUUCACCUGCAAAGCAGCAGCCUAAUAAGUCUAUUUUGGGGCCUUUUUGCUUCAAAGAGAGGCAUAUCCAACACUCCAAAUGAUUCCUGUGACCGUGAGAAUCUCCCAUCUAAACCAGUUUAUAAUCAGAACCACGGACAGCAGCUGUGCUGGCACAUUAAUCUACUCAAUAUAACUAUGAUGGCUUGAUUUUUUUUUUUAAUUAGACAACAUCUGAACCAAACAACAGGUAGCUCACACUGUAAGCUCACACGAUAGACCAGGUGUGGAAGGCUUCCUAACCGACCUUCUGCUCAGCAGCAGAGGUUUGAUUUCCCAUCACUGAAACUGUUUUGACUUGUUCAUGGCUAGUGUUCCUCGCCUCUAUCUAAUCAUUCGUAUAAUUAUGGAGACCACGGGGGUAACCUAUGGACACCUUUGGACCACAGUUACAUCUCUCCUCUCCUAACCCUGUCAAAUAUAGAAAGCCCAGAUUCAAGUGUCCAUGAAGCUGUGCUCACAGUGCUGCUAUUUCACAGCACAUUCAAACUCCCCAUUAAAACAGAAAGUUAAUGAGGGACUUGUUGCUGAUGUUAACUGAUAUUAACAGCAGCUCAUAUUGCUGAGAUAGAGAACAUUUAAACAAAUAACGCAGCAGUGAUAAUUAGUGAAUUCCCCCCAGUACAGAAUGAAUCAUCAACAUAUCUUUAUGUUUUCCAAGAAAUUACACCCGAACACUUAAAUAUCAUUAGGAAUACAUUUACUCUGAUUUCAUGGGAACUUGAAAUAAUACAGCAAUAAGUUUAAAUGAGAAGCACUGCACUGUGGUUUAAAUAUCUUAUGAGACAGCUUCUCUGAAUAUGGAGCUGCACAAAGUUUGAACAGUUAUAGAGGAAAACUCAUAUCUUCUGCUACUGCCAGGCAAAGAGCGGAAUUACCCUUUAGGUACAUCACAAGCAUUAGCAUUUUCUAUAAUCGCUGGUAGCUGUGGGAACGGCUCCUAUGAAGCAUGAACUGACUCUCUGGCUCUCUGUGUUGUCCUCAAGCUCAAACUGAGUAUAUUUUUUAACUAAAUACUGUUAAAUUUGCACUAUAAGAGGCUCUUUUAGUGCCUGUUUUAUCAUCUCAAAAGCCAGCUGUGUCCUAUUUAUACACACUUGCAACCAGUACGCGAGUUAAAGAUGCAGAGAAAGGUUUUCUUCUAUGUUAUGGAUGUGUCAGCCUCACUGCUGAAAACACAUAAAAGUAAGGCUGUCAUUUAAAAACAAAAGUGAAGUUAUCACUUUUACCACACUAUAGGUCAUCAUCACAGAAUUUUCAGAAAACAUUAGACUGUUACAAAUAUAAACCCCGAGGUUUGAAACUCUUUAAGUCAGCAGUUGAAGGGGAUAAUGUGAAUCUUAGUAUAUUGGUUCUGGGGAGCGGGUCCAUGUGUGACCUACAGCUUUCAACAUUACUGUCAGCUCUGCUCAACUACCAUUUGGGUAUAUAGCAGGGUGGCAAUAAGAGAUGGUAUUGGAACGGGCUACACAUCUGCAAAGAAGUGACGCAUAGCACUGGUAGUCUCCUAAAUAACAGACUGCAUCUUCCAAAAAAGUGUGACUUUGUUGUCCAUAUUUUAGGCGAAGUACGCAGGUAAAUAAAUAAUAAAACAAAAACAAACAAAUACAUAGAUAAACAAACCUGUGGAGUUGGUCUGUUAUUCUGGUGUUUAAAACUUGCACUGACUCAUGGUUGCAGUGAACAUUUAUCUUUUCAAAUGUAUCCAGUAAUUUUGAACAAAAUAAGAUAAAAAACAUUUGGACAGUGCAGUGUUUUAGUAUCAGAGCACUUUUGCAGAAUUAAUCGCUGUUUCUCCCAGGAAGUCAGGACCUUAAUUUGUGUGUGUGUGUGUGUGUGUAUGUGUGUGUGUGUGUGUGUGUGUGUGUAAUCCUGUGUGCAUUUGUGUGCGCAGGAUGUGUGCAGGCUGUGUAUCCAUAUUAGUUUGAUAUAAUUGCAUGAUGUAUGACAAGAUAAUUACAUGUGUGUCUGUGAUUUUGAAUGUGGGUGUGUAAGUCCAUGCAUGUGUGUACUAAUGUUCGGCCAACAAAAUUACAGGAUUUGCGACAUGAUAAUUGCACACGUGUGUGUGUGCGUGUGUGUUAAUGUGUGCAUAUGUACCUUCAUACUUAUUCAUCGUGAUGACAGGGUUUUACACUAAACACUCCUGUGUUCAUGUGUGUGUUUGUGUAGGUGUUUAUGGCAGAAACAGUAAAUUAGACAGACACAGUGAGUCAUCACCCCUGCCUAAUUCUGUCUGCAGUGUGUGUGUGUGUGUGUGUGUGUGUGUGUGUGUGUGUGUGUGUGUGUGUGUGUGUGUGAGUGUGUGUCUGAAUUCUCAAAUGCUUAAUGAUGUUUCAGGUUUACGAGGCAAAAGAAGUGUGUGGAUGUGCUGUUAUGCACUCUUGCCUGAGCUGUGUGUGUGUGUGUGUGUGUGUGUGUUUACCUUGUUUCUCUGUGCAUGGCUGCCUGCUGUCUGAUUUUGUCUCCUUUAUUUACUUCCUAUCAAGCUUAUUUACUAGUCAGUCAGACAUCCACCCAGCCCACGUUUACAUGACCUAAAUCGACACAUCAUCUGGGGGGGGGCUGUGACCAUUUAGAUUUGUAUGAGUCCACAAGAAUGAAUGUAUUUAUGCUUUAAAAUGUGGGCGUGUAUGCAUUCCUGUAGGCGUGUUCAUGACAGGGUCUGUGAUGUGUGUCUGUGUGUGUGUUGCAGCUCUGUGCAGUCAAUAGCUGAGGCUGCUGUCAUUGUGCGGCAGCCUUUGCGUUGAUGCUUCACUCUCUUCAGUCUUACCCUCCUUAAAUUCCAGUGAUUCCUCAGAUAGCAGCAGAGCUCUGUCCAGCUGCUUUCAGCGUUUCGCUCACACUCCAUGUUCUGUGUCUACAGUCUGAGUUAAGACACCCAGACACAGAUUUACAACACAAACAUGUAAGCAAGAUGGACUUCAGCUCCAGCUCUGCCAGGCUUGUCAACCAUCCACUGUAGUGGUUCUGUAACACAUGUCUUUAAUAGGACAGGCAGGGUCAAAUAAUGUUGGUAAGAAUUGUCUUUUUCUUGAUCUUUAAUGAUAAUGAAACAAAACCUAACUUUAAAUGGAAAUGGUUCAAAGACAACAUAUCAGUCUUAAAAACUGCAGAAUUUAAUUGUUUCAAUUUUAAUGGCUGGAGCAUGUUUAAAAAACAUUACACACAGUUAACAAAACACUCAAAUACUUAUUUGACAAACAUCCCCUGAUUCAUGUGCUACAGGUUAGUGUCUUGAUAUGAAAAACCAACUCUAAAGAGGGUGAAGAUGAGGAGAAAUUCACCAAUCUAUAAGAGGAACAUUAAAACUAAUGUUCCAUAGGAUACAAUUAUAGAUUAUUUUGAUUAUCUGCACGUUCAGACUAAACCAUGCAAAAGAGAACCAUGUAUUAACAUCCAGAAACACUGGCAACUUCUUUCAGGCCCUACAGAGAUGAACUAUGGUCUGACAGGUUAGAUUUUGAGGUUCUUUCUGAACAUCAUGGAUACUCUGUCCUCUGCCUUUUUCAUCGACUAAUGCUUUCUUUUAUGUCUGUUAAAGAGUUAUAUCAGAACCCUGAGGGUCAGGAUUAAAGUGCAGGAAGGGUACAGGGCUUUUUGUAAUGAGUGGACUGAUGAGGCUUGGAGGCUGGUUCAAUCCUCCUGAGCUACAUUGUUGUCGUCAUGUUCAUUUAGGUGUUUCUCUGACUCUAAAUCUGCAUCUCCAGACCCCCCUUUUUAUUACCAGUGCCUCAGUAUGUUUCAUCAAGGAUUUAAACAUUGCCAUAAUGAUGUAACUCCUUGCAGGCUAUCUCCUGCCUGUCCAGAAUGGUAGACUGGUUUGAGUUCACACUGUUGGACAGGUGAUACUGGACAUUUACCUCAUGAUGGCAGAAUAUCUGCUGGUCUUCAAAAAUGCUGCUAGAGACAGAUCUUUGUUAGACACAACUUUCUAAGCUGAUGAUACGUGGUGUACAGUAGGUGCCUUUUACUAUCAGCCCUUUCUUCUAGACAGCGUGAGUUUGCUCACCCCAGACCUCAGGCCCGUGGUGGUCAUGACCCUAAGGAGCAUGAAAGGUGGCAGCCCUAGAUGGAACCUCCAAACAUUUAAGAAAUAACAAAUACUCUGUUGAGAUUUUCACAGAGCUAAGAGCAAAAGUGAGACAAAAGUGAUUGUGAGAAGAGUAUUUCCAGAGUAACUGAUCCUAAAUUUCCCAUAAUACAGCUUGAUAGAUCAGACUCUGUCUGCUCAACCCAUUUUUUACUUUAUUCUCUCUUGUCCUUUUGCUCCUUAAUGUGUCAGACAGCUGAUUAAACAAAGUGGAUGAUGACAGACAACAGUGUCUGUGAAUGAUUUACAAACUUUCUGAAGACAUUUUCUCACAAACAGCAAGGACGUGUCUUUUUCUUUGGGUGUUCAUUUAACCAGCCUUGAUUUGUUUAGCUGAACAGUCAGCCAGCCAGACUGCCUAUCUGCUCUGAUUCAGUUGUUGAUAGGAUGGCUGAGGUUACUGAGUUUGAGACGUUAUUUUGGCUCAGCCUGUCGGCCCUGCCUGCUGAGAUCCUCACUAGGUUGGCUAGGUAGCGUGUGGGCGUGUGUGUGAGCAUGUGUGUGCAUGGGUAUGUCUGUGUGUAUGCGUUCGUGGUAGCAUGUGUGUUUUACAUGUAAUUGUUAGUGUAGUGUGCACGUGUGCGUGUGCCUGUACCUUAUUCAUGUGUGUAGGCGUAUGCGUGGGCAGAGCGUUAAAGCCGACAGGGAGCAGGCAACCUGAGGACAUAUUUAUGAGGAUUCUCACCGUCAACGCUAACCAGUGAAUAUUAACCUGAUGCUCUCGCAGCACCUUAAGCUGCAAAACACAUGGAGGCACAUUUCCAAAAUUUUCUCUCUCAUCUGAGUUAUGCACUGAUGAUAAGUCUGUUAUGGAGGAGAGUGCACAGACAAAAUGGAGAGAGGACUAGGUCAUACUGCGCCGUUAUUGCCAUCAGGUGAUUUCAUCAUGAUAAAGAUAUCAUCCGUCUUGUAUCUAAAUGGACACAGAUUAUCGUAAACCUUCUAACAUAUUAGCUCGAGGCUUUAUAACGUGCAAAGAGAGGCCAUAAACUCAGCAGGACUCAGCCUCUCAGUGCUGUUAAACCUAUUUCCAUCUAAUUACAUGGAGUGUAUAUUAAAACUAUUUAUCAGCGUAUAUGUAAACAUCAUUUUUCUCUGCACCAAACACUUUCGGACCAAACUAAAAUUGAUUUAGACUUCUUAAAGGGAAAAAAAGCAGACAAAGAGUUGAAAUGAAUCAAUAAAACCACUCUGAAUAUGUUCCAAGAGAAGUCUGAGACACAAAUCUUGAUAUUUUUGUGAAAUAAGAAAAUGUAUCAUCCCAUGAUGUUGAAGCGAACAUUUUGUUCCUGAAGUGUACUUCAGAGUGGAGGCAGAGGGAAAAAGGACAGACUGCACCUACAUGCUGCUCAGCGACAGAGCCAAAAAAGACUGAAUCAAAUGUUUGACCUGUCUUCCAUUUUACUGCUGAGGGGCUGAAUUUAUUCAGCUUUUCUGCUCCACUGACCUCUGUAGAACAGAAGGUAAGGACCAAAAACCACCUCAAAAUCAGCUGAACUUCUUCAACUUUGUCCACAUGAUCACUGGCUUGACUGUACUGUGUAAUGUAAGGUAUAAUCCCCAACAAAGGCUUUGUUAUAUUAUCACUGAUUAAAAAGGGUGACACAGAAACUACUCUAGUAAAGACAAUAGUCUACUUUAAAUGUGAAGAGGACAUUAGCUUUCAAGGAAUACAUAAGUCUUAAAGAGAAACAAGGUGAAUUGAAUCAGAUGGUGAUUACUGAUAUUUUUCUGUCAUGCAGCUGUACUGUCUGUUGUCAGUGUCUUAAUGAACCCACAGCCCAAGUUCAGUGUUUCUUUCCGGAGUCCUUUUUGAUUCAAACAUUUCUUUGGUGUUUACUGGUUCAGUGUUUUUACCCUCUUUGCCUUUACAAUGUGUUUUGAAUUUUUUUUUUUUUUUGUUGAUCUCCUCUGUUUGUCACCGUGGUGGAAAGUCUGAUUACAGCGACACUGGCUGUUUUUUUUUUUUUUUCUGCAAAUUUAAAAGAAUAGAAAAAAAAAGAGGAAAAAAUAAAAAAUAAGAAUUGAUAUUUAAUGCAUAUAUAGAAAUUAUUAUUUAAAGAAAUGUUUGAGUUGUAAGUGAUUAUUUCUGAUUAGCGUGUAACAUUUGGACCUGCAGUCUAAAUAAUGCAAACAAAGCUUAAAAACAGUAAAUUAGUGCUGUAAAUUAACAGUCUUUGCUUACAGUGAAGCUAAGGUCGCAGAGCGCACAUACUUCUGUCAAUAACCUCGUAUUUUGUUUUGUUUUUUGCACAUCUUUUACCAGACAAUCAGCCCUAGAGCAGCUUUAUACUAACUUAACUGUAGAAAUCCUACUCUCUGGAUACCUCUAUGCAAUCCCACAUCCAGCAAGAUGUGUUGACGCAAGAAAUGAUCAUUUUUAUCUAAUUCAAAAAAGUGCAAAAACAUGAGAGAAGACAUGAGCACAUGUUUAUCAAUUUAUUCCUCAAAGUAAAAAUGUGUAAAGAAUUUGGAGAAUUUAAUCAUUUGCGGUGCAUAACAUCCUCAAAAGAUUCUAAAAUUCUGGAGAAAUGUUUUUACAAGAGUGGACAAAGAAUAAAAACCAAAAGUGGACGACCCUGAACUUCAGGCCAUCGGGCUUCACAGAACUGUAAACAGACACGACUCUGUUGUCAAAGUUCUGCAUGGCUGUACUUUCUAGGACUACAGCUUAGCAGUGCAUCCACUCAUACAGGUUUCAAUUGCAUCAGGAAACAAAAUGUAAUGAUCAUCCACAAAUGCUGGUGACCUCUCUGGUCCCUGGCCCACUUAGGAAGGAGAAGAAGAAGGGCAAGAUGGAAAACUGUCCUGUGGUCUGAUGAAUCCAGAUUUGUCAAAGGGAAAAUGACAAAGGAGGCCCUGAACUGUUGAGCAGCUAAAACCCUCUCCAUUUAAAACAGCGCCUCGUCAUUGUUGUGCUUUGGGCUGUAAAUUGAAACUACAGUGUUACAGAGAUUGUUUGGUUGCAUGGGUCAUGUCUGUGAGCAAAAGUAGGGUUUCUGGUGGAAAAGUAAAGCACUGGAAAUUGUCUUAUUAGAGUAAACACUCACUUCAGCUUUUACAUCUGGAUUGGAGUUUCUUAAAUUGAGCUAAAUCACAUGUUGGAUUUGACCUUGCUGGAAGCAGCUUACAGCCAAAUUUUGGGCAGGUUCUCUGUCCAGUUUCUCGACAAAGGAGUAGAGCUGACCUGCAUUCCCUCUGGCUAAUACACUUACUGUUGACACGUACCUCACCUCAAAUAAAUAAACACUUGAAUAAACUUUUCAUUUUAUAAGCUGUGAGGGAAAACGACCUUCAGAUCAUCAGCCUGCACACGUCCCGCUCACCUUCUGCAGUAUCUUUGACUCACAUCUUCCUCUGCAGUUUGAAAACUUCUCCUCUACAGCGCCAAAGACUCCACUCAGUCCCUUUAUGGGACCUAAUAAACAUAAUGAAAUAUUGCUGAGCAGUGCAGCACAAUAAAAAAUGAUGUUCAUGUUAGUGAAUAGACUGCCACUGUACAACAGGGCGCAAUAUACCUCCGUUAAAUCUUUUGACAACUAAGACAAUCCUUUGUUCAAACAGUGCUCUCAGGUGAGCUCAGUUCUUUAAUUCAAGUGAACACAGCAUGACAUUUCAGUAUUUCCUUUACAUCGCCUUGAUUUCACAUCAGCAUCUGCCUCAUGUGUGAAGAAAUCCACGUGCUGAAAUGUCCAGUGUGUCCAGGCAGCAGGCAGCCUCCAGACAAAGAGACAGAGAGGGUUAAAAAAAGAGUUCCUUUGCUGCCCUGUAGUGUGACUGCAUCUCCCUGAGGCAUACACAAGUACACCCACUUUCUGCCCAACACACAUACACACACACGCACACACACACACACACACUGCACUGUCUGGACUGCAGAGAGGAGACACAGCCUGAAGGUCUCUCUCUCCUCUCUCCAUCGCUCUGUCACUGUUUCUCUCUCUCUCUCUCUCUCUCUCUCUCUCUCUCCCUCUCUCUCUCUAUGGCUGUCAAUUGUGCCAAGUCAGCACAACUCUGACAUACUUAAUUAUCCUGGUCGAGCCAGAGAGGGGAGAGGAGAGGAGGAGGGAGGAAACAAGAGGGGUGAGGAGAGGCAGGGGGAGAAAAUUAGGAAGAGGAUAAAGACGAUGCAAAAGAAAGGAAGAUGAGACAAAGUAAAGAAAGAAGAUGGAGUGAAAAACAAAGACGGUAAAAGGGGAGAAAAGGAGGAGGGGAGAUGACAAGAGGAGUGAGUCAGAGACAGCAGGUUGGAAAGAUGCCCCAAUCCUUCAUGGCUCACAGACGCAUCUGCAACACAUUUAUUACCAUAGUGCCCUGCAAAGUUGCUGCCCGCCUCGUAUCAAGGAUGCAGGCUGGAGGGCAGAGACAGAGCUGAGAGCAGGAGAAGAGACUGAAACAGGGAGACUGAUGGAGACCGUGGGGACAUAAAACUGUCUGACACACAAUUCACAGUUGCCAUGGAAAACACACAGAGCACAGUUCUCUCUAAUCUGCAGUGUUCAGGAUUUUAAUUCAAGUUCACUGCACUUGAAUAUCAAAUUCUUUGUUCCAAAAAUGAAAUGAAUAUUUCAAAUGCAAGUGUAGAGAAGCAUUAUUCAAAGGGCUACUCUAUUGAUUUCACUCAUAAAGAUCAAUGAUUGUCCUAAACCUCUACUAGCUUGUUUCCCUACAGUCUGUAGGGAGAUCUGGCUCCAUGUUGAUACAGCAUACAUCACAUUAUUAUGAAGGCAGAGCUCACACAGUAUUAAAGUAAAUGAUGAUAUCUCUGUCUGCACUUUUCAAACAUACUUUGUAGAUGUUUACUUCAGUCUCUCAAGCAACAAAGAAACAGAGAAAUUCUGCAGACAGUGUUUAUUUUCAUCUUUAUGUGUCUGAAAUGUCUUUUUUUCUUUAUCAUCGUGAAUUUAAUCCACUAGUAAAGUUAUUCACAACACUGAGCCUGAUGAUGAGGAGGGUUUUUUUCUUAGAUUCUUCCUACAUGUCUUAUAAGCUUUGAGAGCAUUUUUCCUCAUCUUAUAAAAGUAUUAUUAUUGUUAUUAUCCCAAGCCAGUCCGCUGUGUCCUUGGGCAAGACACUUAACCCACCUUGCUCCCAGUGUGUGUCCUCCACUGGUGUAUGAUUGUGAGUGUUGUGUGGUGGUGGUCGGAGAGGCCGUAGGCACAAACUGGCAGCCACGUUUCCGUCAGUCUGCCCCAGGGCAGCUGUGAUUACUAAGGUAGUUUACCACCACCAACGUGUGACUUUGUGAGCGAAUGAAUGAUAUAUCCAAUGUAAAGCGCUUUGAGAGUCUCUGAUAAAGUGCUAUAUGAAAUCCGAUGCAUUAUUAUUAUUAUUAUUAUUAUUAUUAUUAUUAUUAUUUUAUUUUUAUUUUUAUUUUUAUUUUUAUUUUUAUUUUUUUUAUUUUAUUUUUUUUUAUUUUGCAUGAGUCUGUUUUGUGCAGCCUGCUCUUAGAUAGCUAUCAAAGUGUGUGCAUCAUGGUAACAUUGUAAAAUAUACCUGUAAAAUGAGACCAGAGCAUGAACCUGCGCUGCAGCAAAAGUUAAAGUAAGCUGUAAAAUUCAGCAUGGGACAGCAGGGAGAAGAAGAGGAAGAAGAGGCAAGAGAAGAGAGGAGAGCAGGGAGGGGAGCAGGAGGAGGCAUGCUAGAGCCUGAUGUGUAACAAUCAUCUGAAAUGUAACAACAACCUGAAAUGUAGUUAAAAAAAUCAUAAAACCCAAAACGUGACAGCCUGUUACAUUUAGGGUCAGUAAAUUUGGGUUUAAUUACAUUUUUAAAUUACAUUGUGGGUCUUUAUUACAUUACAGAUCGUUGUUACAUAUUGGGAUCUAACAAAGCAGGUGAUGUUUUUCCUUGUUAAGGGUAUGUAGGUUUAAUAGUUUAUUCGACCUCUGAUAAUGUUAUUUAAAGAAUUAAGUGCUUUCAAGUUUAAAGAGGUUUUAAGCUGCUUAAAUGGGUGUGAUGCAGAUGUUAAAUCAUCACGUUAAUAAUCCUGAUAUUAAUGUCAAUCAGGACAAUCAUGAGAAUGAGUUUUGCCAACAGUUCUGUGCGACAGUGUCCAGUUUUCCGACACUUAUUAGAUUAUUGUGAACAUCUUUUGUAUUCAUACUUCUUACCACCUGAAGGUGCUGCUGGAGUCUGCGGUUUAGGAACUUUGAAUGUUUUUUUACCUGAUUUUGUGCUGAUACAUCUGGUAUUUGUGACAUAUCCCAAAUAAAGCGAUGGUUGAUCGGCAUUCACCUUAUGUGAAGUCUUUUAGAAGUUACAUUCAAGAACUCUUGGAUAAUACAGAUACUAAUAAGUUCCCUCAUGUUAAAACUCUUCAUCCCAGCUUUGAUGCCAACUCUUUGUUGGGAUGAUAGAUAGACUAAGAAUAAUUACCACAUUCUCCUCACUUAAAAUCUAUACUGGUAGUCUCAUGAUCUGUCUCCUGUGAUGGUUAAAAAGAGCGACGCGCAGGACCGGGGGACAUGUAGGGGUCCAUGUUUCCUUUUAUGGCUCUUCUUCUUUCCUUCAAACAGCCUGUACUGUAUGAGCAAUGUGCCACAGUGUGUUACGCCAUAAACAGCCUCUUUUUUAAUGUGAUAUAAUGCUGCUGCUCUGACAGCUGUGACUGCAGCAGCAGCCCACUGACUCUCAUUUACACACACACACUCACACUCAAGAAAAAUCACACAGAAACAUACACAUUCAAACGGACACCCAAGGACACUUUGGUAGCCACAAACCACGAAACACACUCACACACUCACAUAGCUAGAAACAUGUCCGGCCCCCAGUCUGUCACUGCCAAGUGGCGACUACAACACUUUGUUAUAUCACACACACACACACACACAGACACACACACACACACACACACACACAGGCGUGCGCUCACACCCCUACACACACGCUUGUGUGUGCGCUCACAAGCUCACACAGACAUUUGUCAAAGUGCAAUUCACGUCACACAUUCUGUCACUGAGUCUGCAUGAGCAGUUUCCUUCCCCACUGCGGGUUGGGUUUCUCCUUGUUAGAGAAGAGUGCUGCCGUUCAAAGUAAGAGGAAAAAGCUAUCAUAAAAAACUUCUCUGUGUCUGCAGCACUUUCUGUCCUCCAGGAGUAAGAGUACAGAUUGAGAACUUUGAUUGGAAACCUUAGUUUUUCAAAAAGUCAACUGAGAGUCCGUAUCACAGGCACAGUAUCACUCAUCUGCUGUCAGAGGUCAGAGGUGAGGUCAGAGGUCAGACUGCUUCACUUUAAACUCCCACUGUGAUCGUUUUUUUUACUACAUAAAUUGUUCUCAGUAGUCUUUAAGCUGUGAUUAUGAAGUUUUUCGCCAAAACCUCGUUACCUGUGUCAUUUUCAAGGGCUUUUCUUCUGCAGAGCUCCAGUCGCUUUUAAGUAAUUCACCUCUGAGUCGUGGGCGGAGACAGCGCUGCCCUAUACACUUAUCUUUACGUUAGCUUGUAGCCUAACAUUGCCAUUGUAGUAGAAGUGUCAGGUAACAUAGGAGCAAUUCAGCUCUCGGACACUAAUGUCUUUAGGGACAUGAUGAAAGUUAAUAUCAACAUACUUUUCUUAUGAGCAUUGCAAUCUGCUAACACACGCUUGUUCUGCGAGCAUCCUCUCUAUUUCUCAGAGUCUGACCUGCAUAGCGGGGCUCCGGAGGCGGAGCUUGAAUUUGCUACAUAGGAAAUCUCCCUCUGUCUGAACCUGCAGUUUGGGUCUGCCAGAGAUUCACAGUGAUUUGAGUGAAGAAAUACUCAGAGAUCAAAUUUCACACUUAGUUUUCUCUUGAUAUGUCCUGUAGCAUCAGAUUAAUGCCAUAUGAAUAUGUAGACAACAAUAAAAACAUCAUUUUCAUCAGAGUGGGGUUUUAAAGGUAUAAGUGUUUCCUUUUUACUCCUUUUAGGCUGUACCACCUAUUUAUUCUUUCCCUCUAUCUCGUCCUGUUUUCUUAUCGGACCUCAUUAUUAUUCUCAUCCUUUGGCCUGUCAUCAUCCACUAUCUUAUCAUCAUCGUCCUCCUUUCCUCUCCUCUCUCUCUUUCCUCUUUUCCUCUCCCUGUCUAUUGUUGCCUCACCAUCUGUCUGGUUUUCUUUCUGCUCUUCUUCUUCUUUUCUCUCCUCCACCUCCUCCUCCUCCGCCUCCUCCUGCUUGUCUUUAACCCUGGAGCAGACUGUUUCCUUGCUCGCGUGUCAAGGCAGACAGGCUGACCAGUUUGUCUGACUGAUGGGCUGACAUCAGAGAACAGACAGAGAGGAAAAGAAAAAGAUGAUGAAGAGAGCGACGGAGGAAAGAGAUGAAAGUGCUUUCGAUGUAAAUUAUGAUGCACAGAUAUUUAACAGGCUAACUUUGCCUUUUUCACAUCCUCUUGCUUUGAAAUUUUACACACGUCUCAAAAGUUUCAAAAAAAUCUACCUGUAUUUUGGAUGACGGCUGAUCCUCGAUAAACCUGACAGCGUCGUUUUUGUGUAUUUCAAUGCACUGAGCCACUGGAUAACGUCCGUUUGGUGCUGUCAGGAUUAUUUGUAUGUUUUCAGUCAUCACAGCAUUACACUUGCUCUUGAAAAUACAAAUGUUAAUAGAAAGAGAAUAGAAAUAGAUAGGAAAAGAUAAAAAAUUGCAACAGUUAUUACAAAGUGCAGAAUAUUAGAUAUCAAGCUGUCUACAAAGCACAGAGUGUUUAGGAAAUCCUCUAUGUACAAGCAUAGAGAGGAGGAAGUGUAAACAAAACCAGUUAGCAGAGUUGGAUAUUGCACAGAGUAUUAUACAGUUUAACAAGUAUUGUAGAGUUAAACAGAAUAUUGCACAGUCUCGCUCAAUAAACAGUGUUAUUAUCAGUAUUAAACUCUUAGUUUAUUGAAGUAUUGACCGGUUUACAAACAGAUUGCACAGUUGAAUGUGAUUCUAUGAAGUGGAGAAGUUUACAGCCUCUACAUCAUCAAUGAGUUCAGGGACAGUCAGAGGGAGAAGUUAUAAAGUUUGAUGGUCACAGGUAAGAAGGACUUCCUGUCCAAGAUUACAUCAUGAAGCUUUGACAACAUCCUCCCCUCUGUUACCACUAUCAGAGAGUCCAGCUCUACCUUCACAAGGUCACUGGACUUACAGAUGAGUUUGUUAAGUCUGUUGGCGUCUGCUCCCCUCAGUCUGCUGCCCCAGCACACAACAGCAAACAGGAUCACACUGGUCUACCACAGACUCACAACAUCCUCAGCAGGGUCCUGCAAGUGUUAAAGGACCUCAGCCUCCUCAAGAAGUAGAGACGGUUCAGGCCUUUCUUGUAGACAGCUUCAGUGUCUAAGACCAGUCCAGUUUGUUAUCCAAGUACACCCCGAGGUACUUGUAGUCAUCCACAAUGUCCACACUGACAGGGGUCUGGACUGGAAACAGGGGUCACUGGUGCUUUUGUCCUUUUUAAGAUCAGUUCCUUUGUCUUGUUGUCAAGUUGAGCUGGAAAUGGUUCUGCUCACACCAUCUGACAAAGUGAUCCACCACAGUCUUGUGUUCAGCCUCAUUGCCCUUCCUGACAGCAGAGUCAUCGAAGAACUUCUGAAGGAGGCAGGACUCUGUGUUUUAAUUGAAGUUCAGGUUGAAGAGGGUGAAGAGGAAAGGAGACAGGACUGUCCCUGCAGGGACACACAGUGUUGUCAGCUGUGGUCUUUCAGUCAGAUAAUCAAGAACACGAGAGGUGCCUCCACCGGCAUCGCUGUAUAUGUAUAUGCUGUACACAUGUGUAUAGUAAAUAAGACUCGUGUAAAUACUCAUGUAUAUAUCUUUUUUUAACUCCAAGUUUCUUAUCCUUUAAUUUCUCUUUCUUGUAUUUGUAUAUAUGCUGCUGUAAUUUUGAAUUCUCCCCUGUGGGGCUAAUAAAGGAAUACCUUAUCUUAUCUUUUCCACAUAGGAUAGACCUUCUUGUUGGGAGCAAAUCCAUCUGUAAAGAAAAACUCAGGACAUCAUCUUAAUUAUCUAUUUGUGUAGUUUGAGACGGGACUUGUGCCAGAAUUAACUACAUGGGCAAUUACCUCACAGAUGUAUUAAUAAAGGUAUUUAUUGGUGUGCAGGCUUAUAUAAUUCACGCCACCCCAGCAAUGUCAGAGCCCAGGUUGGGGCACACCAGUCAAAAAGGUCUGGACAGGCCCCCUUGCGUGUUUACUCGAGCUUAUUCCACUCAGAAAUAGAUGGAUCCAUGUUGAACAGAGGGCUCUGCUGAUGGCUUAAGGGGACUUCAAGGUGAGAGGUGAGGAGGGGAACAUUUCAGUCAAGAAUCUUCAGAUUUAUCCAAAUAUUCCUACCAUUCAUACUCAAUAUUCUCAUAUCUAUGCACCCUACCAAGUUUCUCGCUAGUCUCGCUAGCUUGAAUAAUUAUGAUUUACAAGCACUUAUAUGUUUCCAUGGUGAACAGCAUGUCAGAGGUUAGCUUGCCAGCUAAAGUAUCUUAAUUGCGUUAAGAGAGCCAUGUCUGUACUGGCUGUUUUAAAAAACUAUGUUGAAGAGCUUGCUUUGUUAAGCUCUUUGUGGGGAUCAGUCUUUUACCAUAUUUGAGAGGAGAUACGUUUACUUUUGCUCACACGCUUUGCUUUGAAUUCAUGUGAUAGCUGAGUGGUAGUGCUGCGGCAGAGGAUGAAAAAGGAGAGCAGUAGAGCAGGUGGAGGAUGGACAGAGGAUGGGAAAAUAAGCAGAGAGAGAAAAGGUGUGAGAGAAACGGCAAGUAAUAGAGCUGAAAAGGAGAGGAUGAACCGAAGAGGAGUCUAGACAGACGAUAGGAGUAAUAGAUGGGACAAAAUGAAAGACAGAGCGAGGAGAGGCUGGGCGAGUCAGUGAGGCUUCACUAAUUGCCACUCAGAAGAAGGAGAGAGAGUUUGUUCCGAAGAACGGUCAUGCUGGUCUGUUCUUUGAAUCGGAUCUCUGUUCCUGCCCUCCCCCCCUCCGCCACCGUCUAGACAAGAGUAGAACAAGCUGUUCUUGUUAUGGGAGGAAGAGGAGAAAAUGUGCACUGUCAUUAGGUUGCUCACUGCCAGCCGGGCAAAUCGGAAGGACUCACACCAGGAUCUGGCCCGCGAGGUGUUUGUUGGUGUGUGUCUCUUUAGUGCAGUGUGUGCAAGUUUGAGAUGUCUGGAUUUAUGUGUGUUGAUUUACAGCUAUAAAACACGCCUCCCCAUCCCUCCAACACAAUUAAUUUGAUUUAAACGUGUGCUUCCUAUUUUCCUGUAAAGGAUUAGUUCUUGCCUCUACCUCAAUCUAUUACCUCACAAGUACAAAAAUAGUAGAUGGAGCAGAAUCCAAAUCAGACGUGUGAAAUGUGUGCUGAAACUUUGUAACACCAGUCACUCAGAUAUUUUAACACAUUAAGAAAGAGUUAGCCUCACAGGGGUCUAAGCUGUUGUUUUACUGAGUUCAACGUCUAUAACCACGUCAGUGUGCUUUUCUGUUGGUCCAGCUUGUUGAGCCAUAGUAAAUUGAGAGCCCUCAUUUUGGCCAAAGUUAAAAAUGCUGAGAGGAAUGCAAACUCAAAUAAUGCCAUUAUUAAAAGCUUUUUGUAUGCACAACACAGAAAUUUAAUGUUUCUUCAAUAAAUUUAUGUUCCUAUUUUUAAAUGAAAAUCACGUUUGUGUGGCAUUGUAUCAAGACCUGUUGCAUGUUUUACUCAGUCCAUAUUAAACCAGACAUUAUAACUAGUAAUCUUGUAACUUCAGCUGCAGCUUUGGUUAAUGGCACUGUGCAGAUUUAAGGUUCAUCUUAAACAAGUAAAAAAUGAUGUCCAUAUUAACCAAAAUAUUGUCACAGAAACAUGGCUGAUCCUUCUGUUAGCCAAUUGGAGAAAAGCUUUUCUCUAAAUGAAGAGAUUGUUCAAUGAAUGAAUGAAUGAAUGAAUGAAUCAAUCAAUCAAUCAAUCAAUCAUACUUUAUUAACAGAGUAUUUUUCAUACUUUGUUAAUCCAUGCUGUACAUUGGAAAGUAAAUUAUUAUUAUCAUUAUUAUUAUUAUUAUUAUUAUUAUUAUUAUUAUUAUUAUAAUAAUAAUAAUAAUAAUAAUAAUAAUAAUAAUUAUUAUUAUUAUUAUUAUUAUUGUUGUUGUUGUUGUUGUUGUUGUUGUUGUUGUUGUUGUUGUUGUUGUUGUUGUUGUUGUUGUUAUUAUUAUUAUUAUUAUUAUUAUUAGACAAAGUUCUUCGUCAUUCAUGACUUAAUAUAUGACACCAAAGGCUGGUCUUGAAUACUAACUGUAAUAGCUACCUCAACAGGCAAAUGGCUGAUUACAGCAGUUUACUCCCAUUGAUCAACUAACACUGUCUGGUUGCUAUGUAAAAUGACUCAUCUUUAUAAUAAAAUCAUGUAAAGUUUAAAAUCAUAAAAUUGACAUAAAAUGGCAUGCUGACUUUCGAGAAACGCACAUUGGGACUUUGCACCCACUCAAAGCUAGGUGUAAGAUUCAAGCUGUAACUUAGUUUGGUUAACCUAAAGUUAGGUUGAGUCAGUGUUACCAAUGUAGAGACAGCUGCUGAUUGUCUCUCCAAACCUUUGCCUCACAGAUAAAUGGGUGAUGUCACCAUCCAUUUAAUAUACAGUCUGUGCUUUGCAGGGUGAUUGUAUGUGCUUAAAACCCAUUAGAUGCAUGUGAUGAAGCACAUUUCAACAGUACCGAUCAUAAAUGAACUUUAAGUAUCGACUCAUCACAUUUUGACAAGUCAUCAAGUCUCUCUUUAUUAGAUUUUAACACAAGACUUUUCCUCUCAUUUAGUUUCAGUUACUUCCAUAACCUCUCACUUCAUCAUAGAUCAAAAAUGGGCUUCUGUCAAAAGUUUUUCAAACGUUCAUAUCCAUAGACAUGACAUGGAAAUAAGAUUUAUGAACUUACCUUCACCACUCAGUCAUUUGUUCCACAAAUACAGUGAUAAAGUUGGCAGGUAUAAAUUAGAGACAAUAUUAACGAAUAAACUUUUAAACUUAAUAUAGGGUGCUGAAGGCUGGAAAAAAACCAUAGACUGUAUAUUCUAUGGACAACCUGGUUCCGCCUUCCGACUGUAUACGGAUUUGAAGCCAAAAAGCUCUCGGUAAUUCCGGGUUUUUCUCCACUUCCUUGAAACCGGAGCUGCGCAGUCGCAAUGCGCGCAUUCGGCCGCGCAGUCACCGUGAGUCCCUGUGAUGACGCUCGGCUCAAACAGCGUAUCCCCCCGGGUGAGCUACGCAAUCCCUGAACGCCCAUAGGCUGUACCAGGUGUCAAUCAUAGAAAACAUGAACCCCCUAAUAACUUUUAAAAACGGAGCUGUACAGAAAAAAAAGGACUUGGGCACAAACCAGUCUUACAAUAACUACAUGGCAACAUCACAAGCAGAGGGGAGAAAAAUUUAUGUUCUGUGUAAUAAAUUUAUAAAGUUUGUCCACAGUCCCAUAAGCUUUGCUGGCGGGAUUUAUGACCUAUACUGCAGCCCACCAUCAGAGGGUGCUGUUCUCGGAGUGGCUUCACCCAGCGAGGAGGCAGACUCUGUCCAUUCUUUAUACAGUCUAUGGAAAAAACAUACAUGUGUUUCUAUUUAGGUUUUUGUUUCAUAACCUGCUUCCUGACUUUAAGUGUUGCUUAGUGAGAAAGGAAAAACUCCAAAAACAGUGAUGACAAAGGCAAACAGAGAAUGUUCGAACCAAAUUGACUUUCUUCAGUCCAAAGUCAAAACUAAAAAUCCAACAAGACUGGAUAAAGAAAUGCAGAGGGAAUACAAGGAGAGGAGGCCAGAGACAAAACUUCUUAAAAGACUCAUUGAACCAACUCAGAUUAAAUACACAGGGAAAAAACAACAGGUGUGAACACAGGUUGGUGAGACCAAUAGGGGCAAUAGAUCAAGAGAAGAAAAAAUAAAAUAAAAUAAAAAAUAAAAACAAGGGCUGGAAGUAAAACUAAACUCAUGUGAUGUGAUUUUGGAAGUACAACAUGGAUGCAAACAUCGCAAGUUCCCACCAUGAAAAACCCUCUGCAGUGAUGGGCCCAGAACAAAGACGGAUUCCCUCCGUUUGGCUAAGUUGGGCAAAUGUUAUCUGGCUGUCCCUGCCACUAGCACACUGAGCGAGAGGAGUGCAUGUGCCGUGUUCCUAGGCCUGGACGAAAUAGAAAAAAAGCAUAUCGAUAAAAAAUAAAUCAUAUUGAUCGAUAUCGAUAAUUAUCGAUAUAAUUAUUAUAAUUACUUAACAUAUAUUUUAAUUGCAGCCCUGGAUGUUUUAUGCUAUUGGUUAAUGACCUACUUUUAAUAAAGAACACACAAGCACUGAAUUCAAAUUCAAACCUUUAUUCAACCACCUUUUUUAUUUUACCACAACUGAAAGUUUUUUGAAAAAGAACUAAAAAAAAAAAAGAAAUCAACUUAAGUGGCCUGAGUGACGUCAGUAAAUACUGACAAACAUAAAGACUAAAGUGACCAGAAAAUCUGAUAAAUAAAUAUUUAAAUAGUCUUUUGAUGAAAAUAAACAAAUAUAUAAAUAAACAGAAUAGCUUUAGGUGGGAAUAGCAUAAUACCAGUUUUAACUGUGUGGGAAACUGUCCACAGCCUGGUGUCUGAACACUGAAAUAUUUCUCCCGGGGUCGGGAGAUUUAUUUUUUUUAAUUAUCAUGUGAUUGACUUAAUACACAAACUAAGCACGAGAAGCAGGACUUAUCCACGCCGGUGUUGUGUCGUAGAAUGCACCCCUGCCGAAUGCACCCCCUGCUAGUAGCCAUGAUCCAAAUACUCGCGUCUUUGUAAAAUAUGAGCUCAUUUUCUUCCACUUUAAGAAGCUACACCGGAACGUAUUUCCUCCGCACCCUUCUCACCUUUUCAACCCCUGACCCAUUUUCAUGCCUGAAGCGCUGUGUUUGAGAAAUACUUGCGGCCGGACACUUCAUAUCGCGGGUCGAGAGUGGCUAGAAGCUGGUCGAAGCCAGGCUUUUCAACGGUAGUUAUUGGCAGUAUGUCCCUCGCUAUGGAGCAUGUUACUGCAUGGGUGAUGUCCUUAUGCCGCUCGGACGCUUUGUCGUAUUUUGGCAAGAAACGAAGUCCAGUUUGGUCUGCUUCACAUGCUUUGUGCUGGUGCUGGCAGCGGUUCCAGAGGAUUCCUCCGACGAUGACGUGGAGUCGCGGCGCGGCCGACACAGCUCGUACUCCUGCGGGUGCGAUCGGUUUAGAUGGUAAAACAAGUUGAUUGUGUUACCAGACUUCGUUUUUACUAAUUCUCUGCAAAUUUUGCAAACGACCGCUGUUCGCUUUUUGUCAGACUUCUAAAAACCAAAACACUGCCAUGCUGGUGAACUACUGAAACCUUUUUUCGGGACAAUGUCCUCCGCUUCUCCUUGCUGUAUCAUUUUUUCUAAUACACGUGCUGUCUGUUGUGGUUUGAUAGGGGCUGGGCUUGGUGCCGUAGCGUACCUGGGUCUGCGUUUGUGAUUGGUUGGGAGGAAGUAAUGACUGUAGUAAAAGCUACAUGAUAGGCUAUGAUGAAAAAGAAAGGGAAACUGUGUUUUUCUAUCGAACUUUUUAUCGACCCUUUUUUUUUCUAUCGCACCACACGUCUAUCGAUCGAUAUAUAUUGUUAUCGAAUUAUCGUCCAGCACUACGUGUUCCUCCUUAAAUGUUUACAGUAUUUUUUUUUUUGUGCUUAGGUGGGAGAAGUAGCCUAAGGUGUAUGUUAAGUUAUAAUAUUAAAGCUGAUUUGCAGCUUGUUGUUUAUUUACCUGCUAUUCUGUGGGAUCUCUGUGCAUUGGCUGUCUGUUGACAGUAAAUAUAGAUUGUUACAAAGCAUCCCCUCCUCCUGUGAAUUUUAUGUAUGACAGGAAAAAUGUGAAUGAUGUUGUUAGCAACUAGUCGACGUCUACUCAACAUUCAUCACAAUAGAGUCAACUUAAAAAAAUCUAAAGUCAUACGACUCUGAGCACCAAGACCUCCAAAUAUUCAGAUUCUGACAAACAUACUUAAAGCUGCUGCUACUCUUGGAAUGUUCUUCAUAUUUUCUUCAUAGAUGGUGAGGAAAUCACUGUUAUUCUGCUUCUGUCAAAGAAAAUCAUGUCUUUUUCUCGGUCUGGAUGGAUUAACCCAUUAUUUUAACAGAAAUCUCCUCUGACAAGGCAAAUAGCCAAAAUAAAAUGAUGUUUGGUUCUUUUCUUUUCACAAUUUAAAAAAUUUGGUGGGUGUCUUUUCACCAACAAGUGUUCAUGUUGUAAAAUAAAUCAAAUGAACACUAAAAGUAUUUUAAAAAGGACUCAAAUUUAGUAUUUUCAAGAAAUUAUAAAGUAAAAAUCCAGAUUUAAAAAGUAAACUGAAAUUAACUGAAAUUAAAACAAUAAUAUUACCCUGACAGAGACAACUUAUUCUGUAUUAUGAACAAAAUACUGCAUUUGUUAGGUAAAAAUAACCCUUUUGUUUAGGUCUAAUAAGACCACAUACCUAUUCAAUUAAAUGUUAUGUACAAACCUAAAAUUCUUAGCUGGUAGUGAUCAAUUAUUUCUGUGACUCCGUUCCUCACAGCUUUAAUUGCUACACAUGCUUCAGUUUAUUUACAUGUCAGUGAUUUUUGCAUCAGAAGGUCCUCCAGGCUGUUUUGAGUUUACUUGACCUCUGCUAGCUCCUUGUCUUACUGAAGAUACAGAGUUAAGCAGAUGCUGGAAUAACACACCUAAAUCUCUAAUUUGACCGUCAGCAGACAAGUUACAUAUAUGCGAAUUAUAUAUAUAAUAUAUGCGAAAAGCAAAUUAUUUUACAGUUUAAACAACUUAAUGAUGUCUGUAAGCUCCCUUUAAAACACUCUUUAUUUAGGGGCAUCUUCAGAGAACUUUUUUCCCCUCAUCAUACAGUUUAAAUAUUUAUAGUCUGACCUAUGAUUCUUGACUUAAGCUGAACUAUAAAAGAUAUCAUAUAUCAAGUAUACUGAUCUUUUACAGUGUGUGUGUGUGUGUGUGUGUGUGUGUGUGUGUGUGUGUGUGUGUGUGUGUGUGUGUGUGUGUGUGUGUGUGUGUGUGUGUGUGUGUGUGUGUGCAGCUCUCAGUCAAGAGCUGCACUCUAACCACACACAUCACACUGCGGGGCAAAAUGACAUGGCCUUGGUUUCCAGUGCAUCAAACACUUUGUUUUUGUUAUAUUCAUUUAUUAUGAUUAAAGUUCAGCAGCAUUACUCAUUCCCUGCAGAAUACACAUAUUUUCAUUUUCACAUUUAAAGGUUACUUGUUUUUUUCUCCCCUUCUGCCAGAUAGUGCUAAUCAGGGGUAUUAGUAUUUUGGGGGAAAGGCACGUUUUGGUACUAACCGUGACAGAACAUUGGGGUUUGGGUCUGCGGCACAUCAAAGGCCCGUUUGAAAAGCUGUGUAUUUAUUUGUUGUUUUGAACAGGAGACCACUUUUCUCCUGACCUUGUUUCUGUGUAAACUCAACACAUUAACUCCGCUUUGUGUUGGAGCUCACAGUUAGAAAUAAUAAUAAUAAAAAAAAAACAUUUCACCUGACCUUGCACAUUCUGAGGCAUAGAUAACAGCGAGAACAGCACAUAAGAGGCCAAUAUUUGAGCAUUUUGCUGUCAGUUUAUCAGAGCUUUUACACAUUUUAGUCUGUGUCUGCAUUCUCCACCGUUGCGGUGACACUGCCGAAUGUGUGUGGGUGUUUAUUUUUUUUUUUUUGUAUGAACCGCUUUUGUAAACAUGCAAUUUCAUCCAAAUGGGGAUUUUUUUUCUCUCUUUUUGUCAAUCUCAGCCAGUUGUAAUCAUUUUUUCUAAUCUUUCAGCUGAGAAAAAGCACAAGAUCAGAAUGGGUUAUCAUUCCUUGGAGCCAGUUAAGCAAACAGACUUUAAAUAAUUAUAAUAAUAAUAAUAGUAAAAAAUAAAUAAAUAAAAAAAAUAAAUAAACUUUUGUAUUUUUAGGAUGCAAAUGUUCAGACUCUGAAUUAAGUGCUAGGAAAUACUCUUACCCACUCUCCUCUCCCCUCCCUGGCUCCAGAGUGCAAGUUCCACUGCACCAAUGGGAAUUGUUUGCGUCUGGGCUCGCUGAUCUGCAACCAGCUGAAUAACUGUGGGGACAACAGCGAUGAGGAGAACUGCCCUGUGGUCACCCAGCACCCUCCUCCAGGCAUCUUCAACUGUGAGUGCUGCAGGAUGCCUCCCCUUCUCUGUCUCUUCACCUCACACCUUAAAAACUGCACACACACACACACACACACACACACACACACACACACACACACACACACACACACACACACACACACACCUCUAUUUCUUUCCUCUGCUCUGUUCUCCCUGGACUCUCCUUGUCAUGCUCGGUGAGCAGAUCUGGUUUGGAUCCUGUGGUCAGCUUGUACAGGAGUGUAACUGUGACCCUUCCUCCUCAUGUGUUGGCUUUUUAUGGAUGGACUUUUGGUUACAGCAGGUGAACUGUGGCAGACUGUGAGUUACAAAUACACCAAAAAAGCUACAGCGAGCAUCUAACAUGAACCAUUAUGAACAGGAUCUUUCUAACAGAUCAACACACUCCAGAGUCAAAGAGAACGUGGAGUCACAUGAACGCUGAAGAUAAUAACAUUUCAACAUUAACCACAGUGGUUCCCAAACUUUCCAAGCCCCAUAUAUGCAGAUAGACAGAGCUCUAAUGGCUAAACAUUUAUUUAUCAAAUUAUUCAUUAUAUUAAUUUAUUUAAACAUCUUUUGAAAAAAAAAAAAAACAUGAAACAUGCAAAUUCCAAUUCCAAUGAAGUUUGGAUGUUUGUGUAAAAUGUGACUAAAAACAGAAUUCAAUGAUUUUCAAAUCAUUUCCCACCUAAAUUUACCUGAAUACUCUAAAGAUAAACUCAAACUGAUAAACUUGAUUAUUUUUUUUGUAAAUUUUCACUCAUCUUGAAUUUGAUGCUGUACCACAUUACUAAAAAGUUGGUUCAGGGUCAACAAAAGACUGAAAACUGAGGACUGCUCCAAAAAUGCCUGUUUGGAUUUUCCUUAGGUGAACAGGUUCAUAAGAAACAGGUGAGGGUCAUGACUGAAUAAAAAAGGAGCAUCCCUGAAAGACUCAGUCCUUCACAAACAAAGAUGGGGACAGCUUCACCACUUUGUCAAAAAUUGCAUGAGCAAAUAAACCAACCAUUUAAUAACAUUCCUCAAUGUAAAACUGCAGAAAUAUAGAGAUUUGAUCAUCUAGAGUCCAUAAAAUCAUUACAAGAUUCAGAAAACAUUGGAGGAUCCUGGCCCCUCAGCCAGCACUGCAUUAAAAACCCACAUCAUUGUGUAAAGGAUUUUACCAUGUGGGCUCAGGAGGACUUCAGAAAACCACUGUCAGUUAGCCCACUCCGUCUCUACAUCUACCAGUUCAAAUUCCACCAUGCAAAGACAGAUAUCAAGAACAGCCAGAAACACCGCCGGCCUCUCUGGACCCGAGUUCAUCUGAGAUGGACUGACCUGAAGUGGAAAAGUCUGCUGUGGUCUUAAGUGUCAACAUUUCAGAUAGUUUUUGGAAAUCAUGGAUGUGGUGUGCUCCAGGCUAAAGAGAAAAAGGACCAUCUAGACUGUUCUCAGGUCAAAGGUCAAAGCCAGCAUCUGUGAUGGUCUGGGGGUGUGUUUGUGCCCAUGGCAUCUGUUGAUUACAUUGUCUUUGAAGGUUUUGGGGCCAGUUUCCUCCGUCAACAGAAAUCAGCCUUGUUCAUGGAUGGUUUUAGAGAUUAUCUUCCCAGAUUAUGGUGUGGGGUGAGUUAAAUGAUACAUAUCAUGUCCAGUGAAACACACCAGUACAAAAAUGACAAAGGGAGGCAAUGGAAAGAAAUUGCUACUGACAUGGAUGUAUCAGGAAGCUAAGGAGCUAGCAACAGUUAGUCCUCGUAGUCUGCCAUGUGUGUUUCCUCUAAAAGCACGUUUAACUGUGAGCGAUUGGAUGGGAAUUACAUUUUUUUCCAGUUUUUGUGCCAUAUAAUCUUCACAGACUAUACACUAUAGGAAGAAAACUGUUGAAUCAUUUCCCGUGUUCUGGAUCUCUGACGUUUCUUUUGAGUGGGACAGAAAGGUUAAUGCAGCAUUUGCAAUAUGGUGUCCACUAGCUAUAGUCUUCAGAGCUCCUAAAGGGUGACAUGCAUGUUCGUGUUUUAUACAGUCUGUGAUGUCAGCAUUAAAUAUUGACAGGACCGUUUCUCAUCCAUGAGCUGAGAAGCACUUUCAUUGCUGCUGACCAUUUGUACCAAAAGCUUCCAAUUCCUGUACCAUAAUAGUGUUUUGAGAGUAUUUGCAUCAACUCUUAUCUUCUAUUCAUACCAGUCAUCAUUAUUUAGCAAAAGCCGAGUUGGCAGAAGCUCAUUACUGCAGAUCAUGGAGAGUGUAGGAGUGCUGCUUAAAGCUCUGUGCUUUAGCCAGAGGAAAACUCUAUUUACUGCAUAUAUGUUACCUGCCCAUCUGAAGCAUCUGCUCUGCAACUUUUCCACCUUUUCCAUCAUCCAACCCACCUCCCUCACACACACACACACACACACACACACACACACACACACACACACACACACACACACACACACACACACACACACUUCUACCAGCCACCUCCGUCUACCUCCUGCUGAGCAGAGCUGUCCAGGGAAUGAGAUGAGAGUGUUCCCUCGACUCGUCACGAUCAAUGGAAACAGAGAGAGACACACAGAGAGAAGGGAAAGAGAGAGAGAGAUAAAGAAAGAGAGAGAGAGAGACAGAGAGAGAGGGAGAGAGAGGGUGAAGGACACCAAUGGGCUCCAAUGGCUGUCUGCCAGGCCACUUUGAUGUGCUGCAGCUCCUCUUUCAAUAACUUUUAGGAGGAGAGGGGAAACUUUUUACAGCAGCACUUUCAUCCUCAGCUUUGUGUGUGUGUGUGUGUGUGUGUGUGUGUGUGUCUGGCGGGUUUCUUACCUCCCCCUGCGCCUCUACCUCACCCCCUCCCCACUUAAAUGUGCCUCACCUCUCAAACCAUCUUUGUUGUUUUGUAAAUUUAUCCUUCUUUCUCUCUACCUUUUCUUUCCUCCUCAAGGCUUCAAAAACAACCUUUUUUUUUAAUUUCGGGUGGGUGGGUUUUGCCUCUGUGUGUGCGUGUCUGUGUGUGUGUGUGUGUGGGUGGGUGGGUGGGGACUCAUUUCCAAUGGAUAGGAUCCUGAGUCGGGUACUUAAAAUAUUUAACUGUCUAGAGCGAAUGUUAAUGUAAGUGUCUGCGGCCGGUGUUAUGGGAAAGCUGUACAAUGAUUGUAAUUUUCUGAGCUAGUGCGCACACACCACUGACGCCUGAGAGACACCGAGAGAGGGAGGAAGAGAGGGAUGGGUGGAGGGAGAGAAGGAUACAGGAAAAUGGAAGGAUUGGCAAAAACAUUGUCAGGGGAACGAAGUCUCGGGGGGGUGUUGGAAGUGAGACAGAAGACCAGACUGAGAUAUGGAGGAGGACAGAGAGAGGAAGGGAGAAACAAGGGGUAAGGAAGGAAGAGAAAAGCAGAGGAAAUGUUUCUAUGUAAUGGAGUUUGCCAUCUUGUUGUAGCCGCUGGCUGUUGCCGUGGCAGUGGCAGACAGAUGGAUCAUGAAUACUGUCUAGACACACUGCAGCCCGACGCCCCACUCCUCACUCCCUGCACUUCCUCUCCUUUCCUUUCUCCUCUCCUCUCUCUUCCUGUCUUUUUUCCUCACCCCUCCUCUCCUCUCCUCUCUCCUCUCCUGUGUUUUUCCUCCUCAUCACUCAGGCUUCUCACACCUGCCAGUUGGAGUUUAGAACAACAGGGAAACAGAAAAUUAACCUGGAGAGAUUUCUGCUCUAAACAUGGAUCAUUACCAACACCAAUCAUUUCCAACUCACUGCUGAUAAAGAUCAGGUUUGAGGUUUUUUUUGUCCUCAUAAAAGAUAAAGUACCAUCUUGUUCCACACAAUUCAUCUAAUUGCAAUAGCACUCCUGAUGUAGGAGAGUGCUAUUGCGUAACUGCACAAAAGGCUGUGAUAUGUGUUUUAAGAAAUGUGCGUCUGUGUCUGUAAACGUCCCACCCUCUCCUCAUAGUUAGGGGUUUGUGUUGCUGCACCCAUUAGUAGAGCUGGGCAAUUGAUCAGGUUUAAAUUUCAUUAUGGCUCCACAUGAUCAUGAAAAUAUGAUAAUCCUGCUCCGUCUCGCUCAUUUUGUCCAACAUGGUAAAUGAAGCACACCCUCCCUCUCUUCCUGAAUACAGAGCAUGUGAUGAACCCUUUCCCUUGAAAAAGAGAGGAGUAGGAGGAGAGAGGAGAGCAGGGAGAGGAGCUGUAGGAGGAGAGAGGGGAGCAGGGAGAGGAGCUGUAGGAGGAGAGGGGAGAGUGGGGGAAAAGCAGGAGGAGAGGGGAGAGCAGGGAAGGGAGCAGGAGGAGAGAGAAGCAGGAGGAGAGAGGAGAGCAGGGAGAGGAGCUGUAGGAGGAGAGGGGAGAGUGGGGGAAAAGCAGGAGGAGAGGGGAGAGCAGGGAAGGGAGCAGGAGGAGAGAGAAGCAGGAGGAGAGAGGGGAGCAGGGAGAGGAGCAGGAAGAGAGAGGUGAGAGGAGCAGGAGGAGAGAGGGGAGCAGGGAGAGGAGCAGGAGGAGAGAAGACAACAGAAGGAGAGAGGGGCAGAAGAAGGAGAGCAGUGAGCAGAGAAAGAAAGGAAGAUGGAAGCGCAGGGAGAGGAGCAGGAGAUAAGGGGCAGAGAGAGAGGAGAGUGGAAAGAGGAGCAGGAGGAAUGCAGGGAGAGGAGCAGGAGAAGAAGAGCAGGGAGAGGAGAGAGGAGCAGGAGGAGGCUGCAUAA